GACGUGUCGUAUUUGAAGGUGCCAAAGAACUCUCGGCUCGAAGCCUAUCAGGUGGCCGGCCGCCUGGUGAUCAAAGUGCCAGCACCAGGAUUCCAGGCCAGUGUGAUUUGUCCCCUGAUCUUCUCAGUGCUGUGGCUGAGCUUUGUCUCCUACUGGUCCAUCACUGCCUGGAACAGCGGCGUGCGGAUGUUUGUGGCUUUCGCGCUGCCCUUUUGGGCGGUCGGCGUGAUGCUUUUUCUCAGCACCUUGCUCACACCCAGCCUCUCACAGACGUUGAUCGCAGGGCCUUUGGAGUACCAGGUGCAGUCGCAGGUCUUGCAGCUGGGCAUCAGUCGCUUCGCGGCCAAGGUGACGGACCUGGAAGAGGUCCCAGGGCUCUACUGUAUGUCCGAGCUGGAUUGCAGGCUGAUCCUGCAGGAUGGCGUGCAAGAAGUGGUCUUUGGGUCGGAUCUGAAGCCGGUGGAAGUGCGAUGGAUCCAGAAGCAGUUGUGUUCCCACUGGGGACUCGACGUCUCCUCAUGCCUGGCGCGUUCGGCGUUCCACUCUGA